AUGGAAUUUUAUCUAGAGAUUGACCCCGUGACCUUGAACCUGAUCAUUCUGGUUGCUAGCUAUGUGAUCUUGCUUUUGGUUUUCCUGAUCUCUUGCGUGCUCUAUGACUGUCGAGGGAAAGACCCCAGCAAGGAGUGUGUUCCUGAGAUUCCUAUGGAAACCCAGAAGCCAAUCCGGUUGAUGGUGGUGCAACAAGGCUGCCCUAGCACCCACUGGGCAACAGGACUUGUCCCUGCUUACAAAAAUGCGUCUGGUCCACCCGAAAAAAAGACUACGUUGGUGUAA